AUGCUUCUUGAGCGCGAGGACAGCUUCAUGUCGGAGUUUGAGGACGCGUGCACCGCAUGGGUGGACAGUGUGGGCUCCAGCCUCAGUGAAGACUCGGACGUGGGCUCCCCGUUCUGCCAAGUGUUCUCCCCCGGGACAGACGCCUCAGACUCGGACUUCUUCAGUGACUUCAGUGAUUCCGAGUCCCGCUCCCCGGGGCUCAGCAGCGCGGCGGACGCAAUUCUCACGAUGAUCACGGAGAUCGUGGGAAUCUGCAGCGACGUGCAGCCACAGCCCGCGGCUCCCGCUUCAAGCCCAACACCGCUUCCUGCGGGGAUAGUGAAGCAGGAGCCAGGAACCGUGAAGACUGAGAACGCCCCCAGUUGCAGCGGCCACUGCCUCAGCUCCCCCGGAGCCUCUGCAGAGUGCGCGCCACUGCCCGUGGAGCUGGACGCUCUGGAUGUGACGCAGCUCCUGGACGCGCUGCUGCCGCCAGACGCACUGAGCUACGGUCUGGAGCUGAAGCAGGAGCCGCGGGACUGGCUCUGCUCCGGGCUCACGGGAGCAGAGGGGGAUCCCGCCACCUACGUCAUCAGUGGGAAUCCAGUUGUGGACGCGCACGUGCUCUCCACCCUGCUGCAGGGCGUGCGCGUCCCCGCUCCCAAGGCGGCAGCGCGAGGGAGGCGGCAGAAAAGCGUCAAAACCAAACCGUUCCCGUGCGCAGUGCAGGGAUGUGACCGGCGCUUUUCGCGCUCGGAUGAACUGAACCGCCACGUGCGCAUCCACACAGGACAGAAGCCUUUUCAAUGCACGGUCUGUGCGCGCGCCUUCAGCCGCAGCGACCACCUGACCACACACACGCGCACGCACACGGGGGAGAAGCCGUUCUCUUGCGACGUCUGUGGGAAGAAGUUUGCGCGCAGCGACGAGAGGAAGCGGCACGGGCGCGUGCACAUCAAACAGCAGCUCCGUGCACAGAUGAUGGCGGCGUACGCACUGGCCGUGAACGCGCCCGGAGUGUAA